AUGGAACGACAAAGCCCCAAAUUAAACAUUGUGCUGACACGGAAGCAUGCUACAGAUCUUCGGACUACUUGGCAUACGGUCUACUCUAUCCGCGGUCUGCUGAUGCCAAACUCAUUAAUGCCGACACAAUGGGUUCCGCCCCCGGAGAACAAGCUCAAAUGUAAUGUGGAUGCGGCCUUAUUUGUGGAUGGUGCGGGCUUUGCUGCCGUGAUUCGUGACCACAAUGGCUCCUUUGUUGCGGCUAAGAAAGGUCGCCUGGGUAGCGAACGGGACCCGUACGUGGCGGAGGCACUUGCGGUUUCGGCAACAUUGACUUGGCUCAAGGAACAAAAUUUUAAUAACAUUUUGCUUGAGUCUGAUUGUUUAAAUUUAUGCAAUGCUUUCAUUUCUGGUAGUGUAGACUUUUCUUAUGUUGGUUUGAUUGUUAAGCAAUGUCAGUCGAUUGCUAAGGACAUUGAGAGUAUUUCUGUUUCCCAUGUCAAGAGAUCAGCGAAUUGUGUAGCCCAUGAGUUAGCUCGGGCGACCGGUUCUAUGUCUGGCUCGGAGGUGUGA